CAUGUCUGCCAGUGGUGCUGUUGUGUUUUGAGAUUGACACGAGUUGUUUUGGACAUUAUUGUUGCUGUUUUGACAUUAUUAUUAUUCAGUAAAGCUUAUCGAGAAGAGCUUAAACAUCAGGAUGGCUCAAAGAAAGAAGAAGAUGACCAAGAAGAAGAGACACACCGGCAACAGAGAGCCGGAGCUAGACUCUGACGGUGGAGACUUUGAGUUGGCUGCUGAAAUUAAGGACGAUGAUUCUCAAGCAAGGAAAAUGCCACGAUUCCCUGCUCAGUCCGAUUGCCUGUCAGAUGUGGAGCCUGACACCAGGGAGCUGGUCAGAGCCCAAAACAAGAAGAAGAAGAAGUCUGGAGGAUUUCAGUCCAUGGGUCUCAGUUACCCUGUAUUCAAAGGGGUCAUGAAGAAGGGGUACAAAGUCCCAACUCCAAUCCAAAGAAAGACUGUCCCAGUGAUUUUGGAUGGCAAGGAUGUAGUGGCUAUGGCUAGGACUGGCAGUGGUAAGACGGCCGCCUUCCUCAUCCCUAUGUUUGAGAAGCUGAAGGCUCCACAAGCCCAAACAGGAGCCAGGGCCCUCAUCCUGACCCCCACCAGAGAGUUGGCCCUGCAGACCAUGAAGUUCACAAAAGAGUUGGGAAAAUUCACGGGCCUCAAGACCGCCUUGAUUCUUGGUGGAGACAGGAUGGAGGAUCAGUUUGCUGCUCUUCAUGAAAACCCUGACAUAAUCAUCGGCACCCCUGGUCGUCUCAUGCACGUUGUCAGGGAAAUGAACCUGAAGUUGUACGGUGUGGAGUAUGUGGUGUUUGAUGAGGCUGACAGGUUGUUUGAAAUGGGUUUUGCUGAGCAGCUUGAGGAGAUCAUUAGGAGGCUUCCAGACACCAGACAGACUCUGCUGUUUUCUGCCACUCUGCCCAAACUGCUGGUGGAUUUUGCCAGAGCUGGGCUGACAGAACCAGUACUGAUUCGUUUAGAUGUGGAUUCUAAACUCAGUGACCAGAUUAAGCUGUCAUUCUUUCACGUGCGAAUGGACGACAAGGCGGCCCUGCUGCUUCAUCUCCUGAGAAACGUAGUGAAACCUCAGGAGCAGACGGUCGUUUUUGUUGCCACCAAACAUCAUGUGGAGUACAUCAAGGAGCUGCUGUCUACAGAAGGUUUGGAGUGUGCUUACAUCUACAGUGCCCUUGAUCAGACUGCCAGGAAGAUCAAUAUUGGAAAAUUUGUGCAUAGGAAAGCCAUGGUGCUAGUUGUGACUGAUGUCGCUGCUCGUGGUAUAGACAUCCCCCUGCUGGACAAUGUCAUCAACUACAACUUCCCCUCAAAGGCCAAGCUCUUCUUGCACAGAGUUGGUCGUGUGGGACGUGCGGGGCGCAGUGGCGCAACCUACAGUUUGAUAUGCCCUGAUGAGAUGCCUUAUGUUUAUGACCUUCACCUCUUCCUUGGAAGGCCCCUUCAGAUGGCCACACCCGAAAGCGCACAAGAUGCCGAUGGUGUGUUCGGUCGGGUCCCUCAAAGUAUCCUCGAUGACGAAAGCUCAAAUCUUGUCGUGUCUCUUGAGAACUCCCUGGACCUGCAAAACAUGCACCGUGUCUCGGAGAACGCCUACAAGCAGUACCUCAAGUCUCGACCUAACCCCUCGCCAGAGUCCGUCAGACGAGUCAAAAACACCGAUAUGUCCAUCAUGGCUGUGCAUCCAUUACUGGGGUCGGGUUUGGAAAGAAUGGAACUAGACCGUCUUCAAAUAGUCGAUGCCAUCAAAGGCUACAGAUCCAAAUCGACUAUAUUUGAAAUCAACUCCCACAGUAAGACACAGGCCAGCGUGGUGAUGAGGGCCAAACGCUCCAAGGACUCGCGGUUGGUAGACAAAUUUAGCAAGCAGAGAGAUGACCUGGCUGCAGAGAGCCGUCUGCAUCUGUCCGUCCACCCAGCCAACACUGACGAGGCUUCCACACACAUUGCAGGCCAGGAGGAGGAUGAUGAUGAUAUAGAGGGGGUGUUCUCAGAGGUGGUCGGUGGAAAGAGGAAAGGCCUGCAGGAAGACUGGGGACAACCAAAGAAUAAGAAAAGCAAGCCAACAGGCAAAGAUGAGGAUUAUUACAUCCCCUACAGACCUAAAGACUUCAACUCUGAGAGAGGGUUAGGUCUUGGUGGAGAGGGAACGGCGUUUGACCAACAGGCCUCUUCAGCUGUCCUGGACCUCAUGGGAGAUGAGGGAGACCGAUUAAACCAGCACAAACAAAUUAUGAAAUGGGACCGCAAGAGGAAGCGCUUCGUCAGAGAGACAGGAAAAGAAGACCAGAAGAAGAAGUUAAGAUUAGACGGCGGCCAAGUCAUCCAGAACAAAAAGAACAAGAAGAACUUUUACGAGGAGUGGAAGAAAAAGUACAGGGUCGAUGACGGAGGAGCUGGCUCAGAUGGAGAAACAGGAGGAGGAGGAGGAGGGAGAAGGCCAGGAGGAGGAGGAGGUCGUGGCCGUGGUCGAGGUCGAGGUCGAGGAGGAGGUCCUCAGUUCCAAAGCCCGGGACGACCACAGCAGACGCCAGGUGGCCGUAGAGUGCGCUCAGAGCUGAAGACAAACGAGCAGAUCCUGAAACAGCGCAAGAAAGAUCAGAAGCACCACUUCCUGCAGGGCGGAGGUCUGAAGAACCUCCGUAACAAGAACAAGCAGUACCUCGGACAAGUCAAGAAGUCCGGUUUUGGUCGGGGCGACCACAAGAAGGGCAAGAUGAGGAAGAGGAUGUGAGGACGGAUCGCCGAGGGAUGCUGUGACCAUGAGAGACUGAGAUCCCCGAUCAUCUUUAAGUAUUUCUUGUCUGUCAUGACUGUGGACUGAGGAAAGCAUUUCUAGACUUCAGUUCACAUUAUUUCUCAUCACUUACCGAAACUCUAUAUUUGACAGAAUGUGUGUGUAUAAGAAGGAUCCAAUGAACUUGGUUUUCUUCUUGUAAGCUUGUCAACAGAUACUGAAAUACUAAAAUAUGUCUAUACACAAAUACAGAUAAGAAAGGCCUGGA